AUGUCCACGAUCGAGGUCAAAAAGGAAGAAGGCCCGUCCUCGCGCGUCGUGGACGAUGUCGAGAUGGAUGAUGAUCCGAACGUCAAGCGCAGAGGUCGAGGCUUUGAUCCCCGAGGCAAUGGGCCCGCAUCAGAUGGUGUCAAGACGGGCAAGUUCGAAACCCUGACAGAGGCUGAGGCUGAGGACAGCGGAGCCAGCGCAGCAAAGUCUGUGGAAGGAUGGGUGCUAGUUGUGACCAACGUGCACGAGGAAGCCACCGAAGAGGAGGUGAUUGACAAGUUUGCAGACUAUGGGGAUGUCAAGAGCUGUCACCUCAACCUCGACAGACGAACCGGCUAUGUCAAGGGAUAUGCGCUUUUGGAGUUCGCCGAAUACGACGAGGCGCAAGCGGCGAUCCAAGCAUGCACCGACGGACUCACACUCAUGGAUGAGGAGCUCAAGGCCGACUUUGCGUUCGUUCGACCACCACCGGGUGCACCCGCUCCCCGAGGUAGCGCAAGCAGGAGGGGAAAUCGCGAUCGCAGCCGCAGCCCAGGCAGACGUGUCUACUCUCACACCAUCGCCGCCCGCAUCGUCCAUCGACACAACUGCGCAUCGAGCUCUCAUCGUUCAAUUCAGGCAGACACCGCACACUCAGCCACCAUCGACGUCAAGAUGGACGAGGAGAACGUCCAGGCCAUCCCCAACCUGAAGCUGCAGCAGCACCUCUUCCUGCUCGCACAACAUUCCGAGCACCUUCCAGCAUCCACAGCGCAGGCUUCGAAGCAGGCGUUGCUCGAGGGAAUCGAGAAGGAUGAGAUGGCGCCAUACUACCGCCUGAUCCUGGCGGAUGCCUCGCUCAAGGGCCUGGUCAAGGAGGAUGAGGCGCUGCUGAAGCGACUCGAAGCAAAGAACAAGGAGGAGCUGCAGAAGCUGGACGAAAAGCAGAAGGAGGUGGAGGAAAACGAGGGAGAGAUGGAGAUCAACGGCGUGCUUCGUCAGCGUGCCGCCUACUAUGCACAGAUUGGCGACAAGGAGAAGGCGCUGGAAGCACACAACCUUGCGGUGUCCAAGGGCGCCGGAUUGGGCUCCAAGCUGGACCUCACGCUCACCAAGGUGCGCAUCGGACUGUUCUUUGGCGACACGGAUGUGGUGACCGCGUCGAUCGCCGAGGCCAAGAAGCUGGUCGAAGAGGGCGGUGACUGGGAGCGCAGGAAUCGGCUCAAGGUGUACGAAGGCCUGCACCUGCUCUCGAUCCGCGACUUCAAGGCGGGCGGACAGCUGUUCCUCGACGCGCUCAGCACGUUCACCGCCACCGAGCUGCUCGAGUACAACGACUUUAUCACGCUCACGGUACUGGCGAAUGCGCUGACGCUCAAGCGCACCGACCUGAAGAAGAAGAUCAUCGACUCGCCCGAGGUGCUGCAGGUGGUGGACGAGAUCCCGCACCUGCGUGCGUUUGUCACGAGCCUGUACGCGUGCGAGUACGGCAACUUUUUCCGUGCGCUUGCGGAUGUGGAGCAGACGCACAUCCUCACGUCGCGGGCGCUGCACCAGCACGCGCGGUACUAUGUGCGCGAGAUGCGCAUCAUCGCCUACUCGCAGCUGCUGGAGAGCUACCAGUCGCUGUCGAUCGACAACAUGGCCACCGCAUUCGGCGUGUCGGGCGAGUUCAUCGACAACGAGCUCUCGAGGUUCAUCUCGUCCGGUCGAUUGCCCGCGGUGAUUGACAAGGUGCACGGCAUCGUCGAGACGCGCAGGCCAGACCACAAGAACGCCCAGUAUUCCAAGAUCAUCAAGGAGGGCGACGUUCUGCUCAACUCGCUGCAAAAACUGUCACGCACUGCAUUGUAG